AUGGAACUGCAUGCCGAGGGCGAAGACUUCUGUCACAAUUUCAUCGAAUACUUGAAUACCGAGUCAAGUCCUAAUGGACUUCCCAAACAAGUUACUGUCACAGAGAGCGAACUCCGCCAACGGCUGUUUGGCACCGAAAAGGAGAAGAAAAAGAAGAUUCGGAUGGUGGUUUUCUCUGGUGCAAUGGGCAGCUAUACUGUUGAGGACAUUAGCCAGUUGAAGUCGAAAAACUCCCUGGUCAAGUUGCCGAAAGGCCAGUCCGGAUACAAGAGCGGCAGGUUGGGCCACUCGGCCAUGGAAGGAAGCGAGCCCGAACAGCUGUUGUUGGAGGGUGCUUUCGUGCAUCACAAGCUCCUGACUUCGAUCAAGGUCUACCACGGCCUUGCACUGGAUGGCCUCGAGUUUUUCUACGCGGAUAAGACCAGCCAACUCUUUGGCAAACGAGGAGGCAAGCCCGAUGGUGAUGAGUUCACCCUUGAUGUCCGCCGCGGUGAAAUUUUGCUUGGGUUCUAUGUCCGGGCUGGCCUCUGGAUUGAUGGAAUCGAGAUUCUCACGAGUUUGGGAAGGAAAUCAGGUGUAUAUGGAAAUGCCGUUGGCGGCUCAGGUCACACCUUGAUCCCACCCCUGGGUUACAAGAUUGCUGGAAUCGCCGGCUCUUGUGCAUCUUGGGUCGAUGGAUUCUCGCUGAUCAUACAACAUUGAUAGCUAUACGCUAUACACCGAUAUUCUACACAAACGGCCCUCCCGGCUCAUGAUCUCGAUACUCAUGCUUCCCUGAUGUGGCCUGAAACACGGGCGGAUCAUCAUAACACGACAUGGCGGGCCAUGGAUGCUCAGACAUCCCUUCCUCCAUCCCUCUCUCACUCUCUCACAACCAUACCCACCUUCAUUGAAAGGCCAUUCUAGCCUGAUACUUUUCUUGCCUUGCCUUUUUACACGCUUUCCCUCCUACCGGGGAAUGGGCAUCCAGGAUCCAGGAACCAGGCACUCAUUUGCCAUUGCAUUUACCAUUUUCCAAGGUUCCACCGGGCUCUGUCUAUG